CAUGCCGGAAGGAAAACGCGUCUGUGCUCCAGGAUAUUAGCCUUAGAGAUUUGCAGGGCAGCUAGAAGGGGUGCAAUUUGUUUGUGUGUCCAGCAUUUAGAAACGCUAAACAUGGCCACGGAUGUUCCCCCCACCCGUUCGGUCCAGCUGGUGGAAGAACCCAGAUUGUUGAAGCUGAAGAAGACGUUUGUCUCUAAAUUUAAGUCAACUCCCAAGUUUUAUGCUCGAGCACCAGGGCGUGUCAACUUAAUAGGUGAGCAUAUUGAUUAUUGUGGCUACUCUGUGCUUCCAAUGGCUAUAGAGCAAGAUAUACUUAUAGCAGCUGAACCUUUAAGUACACCAGUUAUCCAUUUGGCCAAUGAAAACCCUUCAUACGUGGAUUUUAGUACUAAUGCUAACAGCAUUGAGAUUAAUCAGACCAAACCUUUGUGGCACAACUACUUCCUGUGUGGAUUCAAAGGAAUUGAGGACCAUUUUAGUCUUGACAGGCCAAGUGGAAUGAAUUGUCUAGUAGAAGGGACCAUCCCAGCAAGUUCUGGUCUCUCCAGUUCCAGUGCUUUGGUGUGCUGUGCAGGACUUGUGACCCUUCUGGCAAAUGGAAAAACUCUUUCAAAGGUGGAACUGGCCGAACUUUGCACCAAAAGCGAACGUUACGUUGGCACAGAAGGCGGCGGCAUGGACCAAUCCAUCUGCUUUCUUGCAGAGAAAGGAACUGCCAAGCUGAUAGAAUUCAGUCCUCUGAGGGCAACCGAUGUGAGACUUCCAAGAGGAGUGGCUUUUGUUAUUGCAAACAGUUGCAUUGAGAUGAAUAAGGCGGCAACUUCUCAUUACAAUAUCAGGGUGAUGGAGUGUCGUCUGGCCACAAAGCUUUUAGCCAAAUCCAAAGGUCUAGAUUGGAAAGCAAUGGCAAAGCUCCAGGAUGUGCAGGUCGCACUGAAACUCAGCCUGGAGGAAAUGCUGACUGUUGUUGAGGAAGUCUUUCAUCCGGAGCCUUACAGCAUAGAGGAAAUUGGAGAACACCUCGGAAUUAGCCCCAAAGAGUUAUGUGCUCAGAUCCUCAGUCAGAACACACGAGACGUGACCAUCUUUAAAUUGUAUCAGCGUGCGAAGCAUGUGUAUAGCGAAGCUGCCAGAGUUCUAGAGUUUAAGAAGAUAUGUGAGGAGGCCCCCAUGGACGCAAUCCAGUUGCUGGGGGAUUUAAUGAACCAGAGCCAUGCCAGUUGCAGGGACCUCUAUGAAUGCAGCUGUCCUGAACUGAAUCAGCUGGUGGACAUCUGUCUGCAAUUUGGAGCGGUUGGGUCACGCCUGACUGGGGCAGGAUGGGGUGGCUGCACUGUGUCAAUGGUUCCUGCCGACAAGCUGGAGAGGUUCCUAGCAAAUGUAAAAGAGGCUUACUACAAGAACAGUGACCAAAGGUUAAAACUGGAUGAAAACAGCCUGUUUGCUACCAACCCAGGUGGUGGAGCCAUGGUUUUCCUUGAGGCCUGAAGGAUGCCAAAUUUUUUAAAAGGAACUGGUUAGGGCACUGGGAAAUUGGCAGGACUUCCUCUGUCACAAUAAACAAACACCUUUGCUGGGUUUUAUUUUAAUAAGGAAUAGCCAUGAUCUGGAUGCGUUUUUAAAGUAAAAUAUAGAUCUAUUAAUUUUCAUAAUGUAUUUUUUCUCUGCUAAAAAUGUGCUUCCAACAAAGAUCAUCCAAAAAGCUGAUUUCUGUCUGGACUUUACAAUAUAGAAGUUGA